AUGUACCUGGUCACGGUGCUGGGGAACCUGCUCAUUAUCCUGGCCGUCGGCUCUGACUCCCACCUCGACACCCUCAUGUACUUCUUCCUCUCCAACUUGUCCUUGCCUGACAUCGGUUUCACCUCGGCCACAGUCCCCAAGAUGAUUGAGGAGAUGCAAUCGCAUAGCAGAGUCAUCUACCAUGGGGACUGCCUGACACAGAUGUCUUUCUUUGUCCUUUUUGCAUGUAAGGAUGACAUGAUCCUGACUGUGAUGGCCUAUGACUGGUUUGUGGCCAUCUGUCACCCCCUGAACUACCCAGGCAUCAUGAAUCCUCACCUCUGUGUCUUAUUAGUUUUGGUGCCUUUUUUCCUUAGCCUGUUGGAUUCCCAGCUGCACAAUUUGAUUGUGUUACAAUUCAUCUGCUUCAAGAAUGUGGAAAUCUCUAAUUUUUUCUCUGACCCAUUUCAAUGUCUCAACCUUGCCUGUUCUGACAGUGACAUCAAUAACAUAUACAUAUAUUUAGAUAGUACUAUAUUUGGUUUUCUUCGCAUUUCAGGGAUCCUUUUGUGUUACUAUACAAUUGUCUUCCCCAUUCUAAGAAUUCCAUCCUCAGAUGGGAACUAUAAAGCCUUCUCCACCUGCGGCUCUCGCCUGGCAGUUGUUUGCUUAUUUUAUGGAACAGGCAUUGGCGUGUACCUGACUUCCGCUGUGUCAUCAUCCCCCAGGAAUGAGGUGGUGGCGUCAGCAAUGUACGCUGUGGUGGUCACCCCCUUGCUGAACCCCUUCAUCUGCAGCCUGAAAAACAGGGACAUUCAAAGUGCCCUGUGGAAGCUGCACAGCAGAACAGUCUAA